AUCUUUUUCCUAACUUUAUGAUUUUGGAAGGAGCCUUCUUCUUCCCGUUUCCAGAAACAAAAAUAAAUAAAAAGACUUUUUCUUCGUAAAGAAGGGAUUAUUCUUAUUAUUAUUCAAGAAGAUAUAUUAGAAUUUCCGAAUUUUUAGGGGAUUGGUUUAUCAUAAUUCGUAACGAAUUAUAUUAUUUUCAUCGUUGGAUAAAUUAAAUACCGAAAGAAAAAAGGGUGAAAUAUCGAUAUUACUCAAAGUACUGUACUAUGGAGUGUUAUUGGUUGGAGAAAAGAAUCAUCUAUCCUGUUAAACGACUUUGCCGUGGUCUAGCUGCUCGUCUUGGUUUUCGCAAGCGUGGAAUAUUGAUACUAAGUCAAGAAGUACAAGCUUGUGAAUACGAAGAUGUUCGAAUCAUGUGGGAGAUGUUGAAGAAAUCGGAGACUUCUCAUGAAGUAUCUCGCUCUCCUUCCCCUAAAUGGCUCAAGAAAAAAUCUAUGAAAAACGCCUUAGCCUGGGCUAGAUCAAACACUACAUGCCUUAGCAACAAGUUUUGGUAGACGGCGAUGUAUUUAUAUAUGCUGCAGCAGCUCUGAACUUGUUAGAGAUAUGAGAUAUCAGAAAAUAUAUGUAUGAUAUAUUUUCCGUAAAUAUCAUUAAGGGAAUAAUAUAUUUAGGUUUAUGAUAUGUUAAGAUAUUAUUUAGUGAAUAUAUCAUUAGGAUAAAUGGUAUAUCUUUUGGGAAGAUUAUUUCCUAUCUCAUGAGCAUAGGUUUUGUAUAAAUACUCAACUUACUAAUAGAAUAAUGAUCAAGCAAUACAAAAGCUAUUCAUUCUCUC